GAAAUCACCUACGCAACCAUGCCUGCUAAAGUAUACGCCUACGCUGAAUCAAUUGAUGUUGCCAACGCCGUUGGGAAAUAUAUCAUCCAACAUCAAGAUGCCGCAAUCUCUGCCAAGAAUACCUUCAAAAUUGCAUUAUCUGGAGGAUCUUUAGGGAAAGUAUUGAAGAAAGCUUUGAUUGACAACAAGGACGUUGCCUCAAGUGUCAAAUGGGAUCAAUGGGAAGUAUUUUUCAGUGACGAAAGAUUAGUGCCGUUAGACCAUCCAGACUCCAACUUUGGAUUGUUUAAUGAAUUAGUGUUGAAAAACUUGCCUGCUGACGCUGGUAAUCCAAAAUUAAAUGUUAUUGACGAAUCCUUGUUGACCGGUAAAGACGGUCAAUUAGAAGGUGCUGACGAAAGCAAAGAUCUUGAAAUUACUAAGGACUACGCUAGUAAGUUACCAGCUGAUGGUAAACUUGAUGUUAUCUUGUUAGGUUGUGGACCUGAUGGCCACACUUGUUCUUUGUUUCCAGGCCAUAAAUUAUUACAGGAAAGAUCAAAAUUAAUUGCCUACAUCAGUGACUCUCCAAAGCCACCGCCAAGAAGAAUUACAUUUACAUUCCCAGUCUUGGAAGCAGCCACUUCAAUUGCCUUUGUUGCUGAAGGUGCUGGUAAGGCAGUCACUUUAAAGGAAAUCUUUGGUGACAAAUCAAGCCAAUUACCUUCUAAGCUUGUUAAUGAAAUUUCUACUGGGGUUGAAGUUAAUUGGUUUGUUGACGAUUCCGCAGUUAAAGGUGUAGAUGUUCUUACUGCCAAGUAUUAGUAUUUGUAAUUAUAGAAAUAGAAAUAAAAACAAUUUAAUUUCCACCAGCGUAGUAGCUUUUAACUGCUUUCGCUAUUGUUCAAU